GAGAACACCCGCCACGAAUUUCAUGAACGUUAUGGCCUGAAUCACAAACGAUACCCCUCGCUGAUGCGACCGACCGACGACACCUCGAAAAGUUUGAUCGAUUGACCCCCUGCCAGGGUAACGGCAACGCGACACCACGAUGUUGGAAGGACUCGUCGCAUCGCUGCUCAACCGCUUCCUGGGCAUGUACAUAAGGAACUUCGAUCCGGGACAACUGAAAGUCGGCAUCUGGUCUGGAGAUGUGAAGCUGCGGGAUCUGGAAUUGCGCAGGGAGGCUCUGGACCAGCUGAAGCUUCCAAUAAAUGUUGUGGAAGGACACCUGGGACAACUCACACUCAGGAUCCCGUGGUCGAACCUGCGCGGGCAGCCAGUCCAGGUCUACAUCGAAGAUGUCUUUCUCCUCGCUGCGCCGAAGGAAGACGCUGAAUGGGAUGAGGAGGAGGAGGAGCGCCGGAGGCAGGCUCUCAAGAUUGAGAAGCUGGACAGUGCUGAGAUGCUGAAGGAUCGCAGUCAAGAAGGCAUGAGUCAGGAAGAGCAGCAAAAGAACCAAAGUUUCACCGACAGCCUGGUUACAAAAAUCGUCGACAAUCUCCAAAUCACAGUCAAGAACAUCCAUCUUCGCUACGAAGACUCGAUAUCCGCCCCCGGCCACCCAUUUGCCAUUGGUCUGACGCUGGAAGAAUUCAGCGCAAUUAGCACGGAUGGGGAAUGGAAGCCAACAUACAUACAGAACUCCGCGGGGCCUACCCACAAACUUGCGACUCUCGGCGCGCUGGCUAUAUAUUGGAACACGGAUACCGAUUUGCUGGGGACGGGUCGGCAGGCAGAGGUACCAGGCGCUGCCGUGGUGUCUUCACAUGAUGAAAUGUUAGACAAUUUCAAGGAUAUGAUCGUUAAAGGGGAGGAUCCAGAACAGGCCAACCAUCAGUUCAUUCUGAAGCCUGUUAACGGCCAGGCAAAAAUCGAAAUAGACAAGUCUGGAAAGGUUGAUAGACCACACAUGAAAGCUGGAUUGGUAUUUGAUGAAAUUGGAGUAGUGCUGGAUGAUCAGCAAUACCGAGAUGCUCUCAUGUUAGUCGACUUAUUCCACUACUUUAUUCGUCACCAAGAGUACAAAAAACUGCAACCAAAAGGUGUCACACCUAUGGAAGACCCAAGGGCAUGGUUCAAGUUUGCAGGAAAUGCGGUGUUGAGCAAGAUCCACGAUCGCAAUCGUCGUUGGUCAUGGGCUUUCUUCAAGGAGCGAAGAGAUGACCGAAUCCGUUAUAUUGAGCUCUUCAAGAAAAAGAAGAAGCAGACUGAGCAGUUAACACCCGAGGAAAUAGAGGAGUUGAACAAGCUUGAGUGGAAGCUAAAUUACGAAGACAUGCGCUUCUGGAGAUCUUUAGCUAGGAACCAGCUGAAGAAAGAGAACGUCGGAGUGAAGAAGGCGGAAACUGCAAAGCAGAAACAAGGCUGGAUCGCUUGGGCUUGGGGCUCGAAACCCCAAGAAGAAGAAGACCCCGAAACCACGAUGACUGAGGAACAACGCCAAGAGUUGUACGAUGCCAUCGACUGGGACGAAAAGACGGCUUUCGCCGAGUGUAUAGAUCUGCCAAAGGAGACAAUCAAGUUGCAAAUUGAUGCGUCUCUCAACACGGGUAGCUUCACACUUAAGCGCGAUCCUCAUGAAAAAGUGGUAGAGGUAGUCAGUCUAUAUUUCGACGCUUUCCAAGCCAAGUUCCUUCAACGCCCAGACUCAUUCUUGGCGGAUAUGAGCCUUGGUGGAUUGAGAGUCAAUGAUGGCACGACUCCUAACAGCUUGUUCACUCAGAUUGUGCGAGUCAAAGAUGCACCAGAUGAGCCAGGUCAGAUUCAGCUUGAUGACGAGAACGAGGAUGUAGAGAAUACCAUCGAACCCUUCUUCCAGUUCCAAUUUGAGAAGAACCCGUUGGAUGGCGCUAGCGACAUGGCUGUGACCGGGAAACUUAAGCCUCUUGAGAUCAUUUGGAAUCCUAAUUUCCUUGUGGCCAUCAUGCAGUUUUUCAAGCCUCCUGAGAGGCACAUGGAGUCCAUUGGAGCUCUCAUGGAGAGUGCUGGCGCAACUGUGGAAGAGUUACGCCAGCAGACGAGAGUCGGUCUGGAGUUCGCAUUAGAAGAGCACAAGACAAUCAAUGCGAAACUGGAUCUUCAGGCUCCUCUGAUCAUCGUCCCCGAGAGCAUAACCUCAAAAUCGACAAUUUGCUUGAUUCUUGAUGCUGGACACAUCAGUGUAAACAGCGAGCUUGUCGACCAAGAUACUAUGAAGGAUAUCCAAUCGAAACAAAAGCAGGCUUACACUGAUGAGGACUACAAGCGACUAGAGUCAUUGAUGUAUGACAAGUUCUUAGUCAAGCUUUCUUCUACGCAGCUUCUUAUCGGCCCAUCAAUCGAGGAGACGAAGGCGCAACUGACGAAAAGAGACGAGUCACAGUCAAUGCACGUUGUUGAUAAGAUCAACAUGGACUUCAUCCUCGAAACUUCGAUUAUUCCGAAGGCACCAAACCUGGCCAAGGUUCGAAUAUCAGGCAAGCUCCCUGUGUUGCAUGCCUCGGUAUCGGAUAAGAAAUAUAAGAACUUGAUGAGACUCAUCGACGUGGCCUUGCCCAACUUAAAUGAGGAAGAAGCGCCUGCGCAGAGCUCCGCGUCGGGGGCAGCCUUAGCGACGUCCCGAUCGCGUGCUCAGAGUGUACAAAAAAAGUCUGACAAGAAUCGUGAUCGUCCUUCGUCUACGGCAUUCCAAUUCUCUACCUCUACUCAGGAAGCGAUUAUCCUGCAAGAGUCCGAUAAUGAUGAUGACGAUGCAGAGUUCCAAGAUGCACCGGAGGUGAAAGCCGACGAGAGCCUUAAGCUCCAACAGCGAAACUUCGAACUGAAAUUUGAAGUUGAGCGUCUUCAGGGCUCGCUUUACAGAAGUGAUCCGGAAGGUAGGAAGCCAGACCAGCUCCUCGUGGAAUUGGUUGCUGAAAACUUCGGGUUGAACCUCUGCGUACGACCAUACGACAUGAUAAUCGAAACUUCAUUGGAAUCCGUAGUUAUUGAUGACUACGUGGAGAAUCCUCCGGCGGAGUUCAAAUCGAUAGUGUCUUCUGGUGGCAAGGAUUCUGAUAAGAAGGAUCUUAUUCAUGUGAAGAUCAUCAGAGUCAAGAAAGAAUCAUUGGAGUUCAUGCCUAAGUAUCAAGGGGUUGAACUCAAUAUCGACGUCGCCGUAUCCACUAUCAACCUGGUCGUCACCAGAAAGACUCUGCUUACGUUGUUGGAUUUCAUAUUGGUAACCUUUACGAACGAUGAGGCUGCUUCCCUUCCUGCAGCUGAGUCCCCAUCCGAAGAGCUCAUGGAUGCCGAGAAUAUGGAAUCAAGCUCUGAGCUGCAGCCACCGAAGUCUCCUGACUCUGGUUCGAUUCGUAUUAAGGUAGAUCUGACGAGUAUUGUCCUCAUUCUUAACAACGAUGGCAUUCGAUUAGCCACACUUUCUCUUAAUCAUGCGGAUGUCGGUAUCUUUCUCAUGGGCAAGACGAUGCGGAUUGCUGCUAAGUUGGGAGAUCUGUCAUUACUGGACGAUAUUAAUCAAGGGGCGUCGAGUGAUUCGAAUCUCCGGAAGUUGAUAGAAAUUCAAGGAGACGAUUUGGCGGACUUCCGCUAUGAGACAUUUGAUGCUCAGAGCGUCGACACCUAUCCCGGGUACGAUUCUUCGAUCUUCCUCCGUGCAGGUUCCAUAAAGUUGAACUUUCUGGAAGAGCCGUUCCGGAAGAUCAUCGACUUCCUGGUUAAGUUCGGUAAGAUGCAAGCUAUCUUCAACGCAGCCCGACAAGCGGCUGCAAACCAGGCUUCCCAAAUUCAAAACGCUGGCCGUGUAAAGUUCGACAUCAACAUUUCGACUCCCAUCGUGGUAUUCCCUGGAGUUAUGCUUCCUGGCCGUCCAAAGCGGGAUUUGGUGACGGCUUACCUGGGAGAGAUUUAUGCGGAGAAUAAGUUCGUGCCCUUGGAUGACUCGAAGGAUUCCCAAAUUGCAAUGCAACUAUCCGCUGGCAUUAGGAACAUCCGAAUGACCUCCUACUUCCAUUACCCAGAGGACGAGUCCGAAGAAUUGGAGCUCAUUGAUAAGGUGGAUCUUGGCUUCAAAAUGACCUAUGCGGAGCAUACCCCGGGCGCGAAGAGACCCGACAUGGAAAUAGAGGGCAGCAUGACCGAUUUCAACUUGCGAAUAACUCAGAUUCAACUGAAAUUCCUAUUGCAACUAGCGAAAUCGGUCCCUGCAGCAUUUGCAGUUAAUCAGGACGAGGAUGAACAACAGGCUAUUGAGGAUGUACCAAAAGAAACUCGGAGGGAAGCAAAGAGACUCGCUCCUGCGGAAUCAAAAGAACCCCCCGAGGAUGGUACACUUGUUGAUCUAGGCCCUGAACUGGGAGUCGACUCUAGUAUCUGGACCAAACUCGACCUUGCCUUCCAUGUUCACACAAUUGGUCUGGAAUUGGUACUGGCAGACGAAGAUGAACCAGUCGGUGAUAUCGAGGCCUCUAGUUUGUCUAAAUUUUCAUUGGAUGACACGAAGGUGAAGCUGCGCAUGAUGACUGAUGGAUCACUUGAAUCGGAGCUAUUGAUUCAGUCCUUCACGAUCCAAGAUAGCAGAAAGCGAGAGACCAACAAAUUCCGAAAGAUCAUGACGUCCUCAAAUAAGGACGUCCAGCAGUUCAUGGCCAGCGUUAGUAUCUCUGGCGGAAAGGAGCGCAACCUGAUUGCCAUGGUUGCUGUUGAUAGCCCUCGUGUCAUUUUCGCUCUCGACUACAUCUUCGCAAUACAGUCCUUUAUCGCAGGCGGUUUUGCUGUUGACGAACCUGUAAUCGUGGAAGACGAUGAAAGCAUGCUUGAGUCUGGAGAUGGCUCAGAGACCGAUUCAACACGUACUACGCGACUGAGCAGGCAAGAAUCAGGACAAUCCAAAUCGGUCACCACUACACGUAGCCAGGGUUCCAGUCAGCCAGAAGAAUCAUCGAUGACCAUCGCCUUUAGGGUCAAUGUGGUCGAAGCUCAAAUCAUCUUAAUCGCAAACCCUCUCAGUAGCAGCUCCGAAGCUAUCGUACUCGGGACUAAACAAAUUCUCAUGUCAAAACAACAUGCUCUAACGCUUCAGGUCUCACAGAUGGGCAUGUUCCUCUGCCGAAUGGACCGCUUUGAGGACAGCCGGUUGAGAAUCAUUGAUGAUUUCUCUUUGCAGAUGUCUACCGAUAGCUCAAAACCAAAUAUGACCAGCGUCUACAUCGAUGUAGAGCCACUUGUACUCCGGUUGUCCCUUCGCGAUAUUCUUCUGGCCCUCCAGAUUUUCAGCAAAGCCUCUGAGCUCUCUGGACAUGAAGAUGAGCACCACGUUUCUGCUUCAGAUGAGAAAGCAGCGCAACUUGCGCGGCGCGGCACUUCGGAUCUCAAACGGCGAACAGCAAGUGGUAAGGGUAUAACGACGACGAAGAAGAGCAAGGCCCAAACGGCUACUUCUGGCCGUGCGAAUGGUAGUCUGUCAGGAAAGGAGACCGUGCAGCACCAUGAGGAGCUUACUGCUACAUUGGAAGGCAUGAGAGUCAUCUUGAUUGGCGAUCUACAUGAAUUACCAAUCCUUGAUCUCAGCGUUAAAGGUUUCACUGCAAGAGCCACUGAUUGGACAAGUAGCAUGAGAGCGGACACCAACAUUGAUAUGUUUGUCAACGUAUAUAACUUUUCCAAGUCUGCGUGGGAGCCUCUCAUCGAGCCUUGGCAAAUGGGACUCCAGAUCUCGAAGGAGCCAAAUCCGGAUCGUCUGUCCAUUGACUUUACAUCACAAAAAAUGCUAGAAGUCACGGUCACAUCAGCUACAAUUGCCCUUGCUUCCAAAUCGGCGCAAUUCUUGACCCAGAAAGAUGAUGUUCUUUCGAAGCCACGGGGAGCAGAUGCACCGUAUCGGAUCCGAAAUUACACAGGAUUUGAUAUCAAUGUCUGGGCAGAUAUUCCCGACGAGGAAAACGAAAUGUCUGCAAGACUCGAAGAUGGCGAGGAAGCUCCUUGGCGAUUCGAGGAUUGGGAGAAGAUGCGUGAGAAUUUGUCUCCAGAAAACAACUCCGGGAUUGUGGGUGUCAGGCUUGAGGGCAGUGGGUUCGAUAGCAUCAACAGGAUCCCGAUCAACCGCGAAGGCGAAGCUCUUUAUAGUCUUCGGCCUCGUAAAGAUCAAGUCCUCCACCGUCUCCUGGUUGAGGUCACCCUUGGUGCAGACAAUGUCAAGUACAUCACCUUCCGCUCGCCCCUCUUAGUUGAGAACAAGACUCAGAUUCCUGUGGAAUUGGGUGUUUUCGAUGCUCAAGAAGGGCAUCUGCUCAAAAUUGAGAAAAUCGCACCAGGCGAAAGCCGACCUGCUCCUGUAGGCGCAGCCUUCCUGAAAUCUUUAUUAGUCAGGCCAGAUCAAGGAUUUGGUUAUGGAUGGUGCACUGAACCAUUAUGGUGGAGGGAUCUUCUCCACAGGCCGACAAAGACUAUAACGUGCACGGGCGAGAAUGAUAGACAGACGCCUCCAUUCUACUUCCAAAUGCAUGCCAAUUAUGACAAGACCAAUCCACUCACAAGUAUUUAUCCAUACAUGAGAAUACGUCUCUCUGCGCCGGUGGAGCUCGAGAACCUACUACCUUACGAUUUCAAAUACCGCAUUUAUGAUAAGAACACCAGAAAAGAUUGGACGAACUUCCUCCGAAAAGGAGGUCUCAGUCCUGUUCACGUGGUCGAGUUAUCGCAUCUUCUGUUGUUAAGCAUCGAUAUGCAGGACACGGUCUUCAAAGCAAGCGAGUUCGCUAUUAUUAAUUCAAACAACCAGGAAGAUUUCCGUAAAGAGUCACUUCUCGUUUGCAAGGAUAGCGAGGGGCUUGCGCUUAAUCUCAGACUUCACUACUUCAAAAUCCCCGACAGUGGCGGCGCCUUCCGAGUUACUGUCUACAGUCCCUAUGUGAUUCUGAACAAGACUGGAUUGGAGAUAAACAUCAAGGCCAAGUCGCUUCUCCAGAAUGCUAGGACAGCCGCCGGUCAAGGGUUCCACACAGAUUCCGCAGACGCAGUGAGACAUAAGGCUCGUCCCUACAUGUUCGCUUAUGGGGCAGACGAUCAGCGAAACAGGGCUCUCUUGAAGGUUGGCGAGUCAAGCUGGAGUAAACCUCAAAGUUUUGAUGCUAUCGGAAGCACUUUUGACGUUAUACUUCCAUCCUCUUCCAAUAAGACCGAGAUUCAUAUCGGAAUCACUGUCGAACCUGGGGAAGGAAAAUACCAGAUGACCAAGGUUGUUACUCUCGCUCCACGAUUUAUCCUAAAGAACCAGAUGAACGAAGAAAUCAACGUCAGAGAGCCUGGAUCUUCUGAGCUUUUCACUCUCAAGCCAAAAGCUCUGGAGCCGUUACACUUCCUUCAGAAGACUGAAGUAAAGCAGCUGUCCCUCUGCUUUCCUGGAGUGAACAACCAAUGGUCUUCUCCAUUCAACAUUUCGGACCUUGGAUCAACGCACGUUAAGCUUGCAAAGGCUGGUCAACGACAAAAGCUCAUAAAGGUUGAAAUCCUGAUGGAGAACGCCACUAUUUUCCUGCAUAUCAGUGCUGAGACUAAAAACUGGCCAUUCUCUAUGCGCAAUGAAAGCGAUACCGAAUUCAUGUUCUUCCAGGCCAAUCCGAAUAUUGACGAUGAGGACGUAGAAGAUCGCAGUGGCUGGCGCCCGAUCCGUUAUCGACUGCCUCCGAGAAGCAUCAUGCCUUAUGCAUGGGAUUACCCUGCUGCCAAAAAUAAGGAGUUGAUCAUCAACGCGAAUGGGCGAGAGAGACAUAUCAAGCUUGCAGAGAUCGGUAAUCUCAUUCCUAUGAAGAUACCAGCCUCAAAAGACCCAACUUGCAGAGAGUCAAAAAUCAUCGAUCUCAAUGUGGCAACUGAUGGUCCUACACAGACUCUCAUUUUGUCGAAUUACAAAGCCUCGAUGAGUCUGUAUAAGCAGAAGACGCGGUCCGAGUCUUCAACAAGUGUUGCUGGCGGCUUUGUCGUCAAAGAACAGGAUACGAAUGUCACGUUCCAGGCACAGGUCAAGCUUGCUGGCUUUGGAAUCUCAUUGAUCAAUACUCAGCCGAGAGAACUUGCUUACAUUACCUUCCGAGAUAUUUCACUCAAAUACACGGAAUCUCCACUCUUCCAGACAGUCACGACGUCCAUAAAAUGGGUACAGAUCGACAAUCAGCUCUACGGUGGCAUUUUCCCCAUGAUUUUGUACCCCAGCGUUGUGCCGAAGAACACUAGGGAAACUGAGACGCAUCCUUGUAUCCAUGCCAUGGUUACUCGUGUCAAAGAUGAUUCUUAUGGCGUGCUCUAUAUCAAAUAUGCGACUAUGCUCUUGCAGCAGAUGACAUUGGAAAUUGACGAGGACUUUGUCUACGCUCUGUUAGAGUUCUCGAAAGUUCCGGGGGCUAGCUGGUCAGAAACACAUGAAGGAGUUCUGUGCGACGAAAGCUUGGAUAUCCCCGAACCAAAACAGGAGCAGCAAGGUCAAGAUAUUUACUUUGAGCUGCUAAACAUUCAGCCUAUGCAACUCGACCUAUCCUUCGUUCGCACCGAACGAGUCAACGUCGAGGAUAAGACAUCAUCGAAGAACCCAUUGAUGUUCUUUUUGAACAUCUUAACUAUGGCUAUCGGCAAUAUUAAUGAUGCCCCAGUCCGUCUCAAUUCAUUGAUGUUGGAGAAUGCUCGAGUAUCAUCAUCCAUCCUAACGCAGAAUAUCUCGAAUCAUUAUUCACAAGAGGCAUUGUAUCAAGUACACAAGAUUUUGGGCUCUGCAGAUUUUCUUGGUAACCCUGUCGGUCUCUUCAAUAACCUUAGUUCGGGAGUCGCAGAUAUCUUCUAUGAACCAUACCAAGGAUUCAUCAUGUCCGACAAGCCUGAAGCCCUGGGGGUGGGCAUUGCAAAAGGCGCCACCAGCUUCGUUAAGAAGUCCGUCUUCGGUGUAUCGGAUAGCGUAUCAAAGAUGACGGGUAGUAUCGCCAAAGGUCUCGCCGAAGCCACGAUGGACAAGCAAUUCCAAGAUCGACGACGGAUGACACGAUCACGGAAUCGACCAAAGCACGCACUCUACGGUGUCACAGCGGGCGCGAAUUCCUUUGCAACCAGUCUCGCCAGCGGUAUUGGAGGAUUGGCGCGGAAACCCCUCGAAGGCGCAGAGCAAGAAGGCGUAGCAGGAUUCUUCAAGGGUGUCGGCAAAGGGGUCCUCGGCCUCGCCACCAAACCAGCAAUUGGAGUAUUUGAUCUCGCCUCCAAUGUCAGCGAAGGCAUCCGAAAUACAACGACAGUCUUUGAUUCUGAUGGCCUCGACCGUGUCCGUCUCGCCCGCUUCAUUGACACGGAUGGGAUCGUGCGCCCGUACUCGCAGCGCGAGGCCCUGGGGCAAUUCUGGCUGAAGCAACUGGACAAUGGAAAAUACUUCAACGAGCAAUACAUUGCGCACCUCGAGCUCCCGCGCGAAGACGUCGUCUUCAUGCUUACCUAUGCUCGCAUCAUGCUCAUCAAGAGCAAGAAGCUGACGAGCGAGUGGGACAUCCCACUAAACGAGGUCCAGACCAUCAGCAAGGAGCGCACAGGCCUGAGCCUGACUCUGAGGGGCGGCACCAACGGUCCCUUCAUCCCCGUGGCGGAGGUCAGCUCGCGGAACUUCCUGUACAGGAAGAUCGGUAUCGCGGUGGGAGAGUUUAAUAAGAAGUAUAAGGCGACAGAGUAGAGAGAGAGGUUUCAUCAAAGAGUACAUACAUACAUGAACUUGCAUUAGUGACGGGUGGGGUGGAAUAGAAUAGCAUAACGAACAUCCGAAAUAGCAACCCUCGAGUUUUUUUUUUUCCUCUCUUCAUUAGGGGAGGACGUUUUUUAUGUUCAUAUUCAUGAUUUUCUUUUGGGCGAGGGGUAGAAAGAAUACCAAUUUGUUGAACUUGCAUUGCUAGGAAUGGGGCAAAACUGUUUAUUUAUUGGUUAGGCAUUGGGAUCAUUCAGUUCAAUUCAAU